UCGCUUCGCUACGAUUGGACUUCUUCGCAGGCGCACCUAAUCGAGCCUGGAUCUCGGUGUGGUGUAUCCUCUACUCUGCUGAGAUUCCGCUGUGGAACUAGCGAGACCGCGGACCUGGGAGUCAGCUCCAGAGCCAAGCCAAGCCAAGCCUAAGGCCCUCCCCAGCUCGGUGAUUUUAAUUUUAAAUGUGCUCACGGGUGAUUUUAAGGCCAGCCCCUCCCCCUGCGUGCCUAAUUACACGGUCGGAGGGUCACAACUUCUCGGAUGGUAGAGACCGCCGCAUCCAGACCCCCUCGCUGACCAGAGGGGGAAACUGAGGCAUAGAGAGGAGAAACGCCUGGUCCAAAAGAGCCUGUGGGGCGGCGUGCGCGGAGGCUCGCUGGAAGUCGGCAGCAGCUGUCGCUCGUCAGCGUCUGAGGUGGGUUCCACCAUUUACCAGCUGGUGAUCCUUCCAGCCAAGGCACUUCCGAGCCUCAGUUUCCUCAUCUGCAAGCACCGAACCUGUGAUUUCAUUGGCUUAGGGAACUCCCUGGAGAAGGCACACUCGACCAGCGCAGGGUGCUCAAUCUACUUUCUCACAGGAUGUUAAUAUUUUUGAAGUGCCCUGUUGUUGUAACUGCAGAGAUCAACGUGAAUUUAGUGGCUCUGACGGUGAUGGCUUUGUUGAGUCGAUUGUGGAAAUUGUCUUAUCCACGGGCAGUAGUUUUUGAUGAAGUCUACUAUGGGCAAUUCGUAUCUCUUUACAUGAAGCAGGUAUUCUUUGUGGAUGGUAGUGGACCACCACUUGGCCACAUGUUGCUUGCUUUUGGAGGUUAUUUGGGAGGAUUUGAUGGAAACUUUUUAUGGAACAGAAUUGGAGCAGAAUACAGUAAUAAUGUGCCAGUGUGGUCCUUGCGCCUGCUGCCGGCUCUAGCAGGGGCCCUUUGUGUCCCUUUGGCUUACCAAAUUGUAUUGGAACUCAACUUUUCCCACUAUGCUGCUUUUGGAGCUGCACUUUUGAUUCUAAUGGAGAAUUCUUUGAUUACUCAGUCUAGGCUGAUGCUAUUGGAGUCAUUAUUAAUUUUUUUUAAUCUCUUGGCUGUAUUGUCCUACCUGAAGUUCUCAAAUUCCCAAAAAAACAGCUCAUUUUCUGUGAGCUGGUGGUUUUGGCUAAUACUGACUGGAGUUUCUAGUUCUUGUGCAGUUGGGGUAAAAUAUAUGGGCCUUUUCACUUAUAUACUGAUACUUACCAUUGCUUCAGUCCAUGCCUGGCACUUGAUUGGAGACCAAGCUUUAUCAAAUGCUUGUGUAUUCUGUCAUUUGCUAGCCAGAGGAGUAGCUUUGUUGAUCAUACCAGUAUUUAUGUAUUUAUCUUUCUUCUACAUUCAUCUGAUUGUAUUAUACCGCUCUGGACCCCAUGAUCAAAUUAUGUCUAGUGCUUUCCAAGCCAGCUUGGAGGGUGGAUUAGCUCGGAUUACACAAGGCCAGCCACUAGAGGUAGCCUAUGGCUCCCAGAUCACUUUGAGAAAUGUUUUGGGUAAACCCAUGCCCUGCUGGCUUCAUUCACAUAAGAAUACUUACCCUAUCAGGUAUGAGAAUGGCCGAGGCAGCUCCCACCAGCAACAAGUGACCUGUUAUCCAUUCAAAGAUGUCAAUAACUGGUGGAUUGUAAAAGAUCCUGGGAAGCAUCAGUUGGUGGUGAACAAUCCUCCUCGGCCUGUACGACAUGGGGAUAUUGUGCAGCUGGUCCAUGGAAUUACCACUCGUUUCCUCAAUACGCACGAUGUUGCUGCACCUCUGAGUCCACAUUCUCAAGAAAUUUCCUGUUACAUCGACUAUAAUAUUUCCAUGCCAGCACAGAACCUUUGGAGAGUGGAUAUUGUAAACCGUGAGUCAGAUUCAGCUAUAUGGAAGACCAUAUUGUCAGAAGUUCAGUUUGUGCACGUGAACACUUCAGCAGUAUUAAAGCUGAGUGGGGCAUCAUUACCUGAUUGGGGUUAUCGGCAGCUGGAGAUCAUUGGUGAAAAACUGUCCAGAGGCUAUCACCAGAGUAUGGUAUGGAAUGUAGAAGAACACCGAUAUGGGAAAAGCCAGGAGCAGAGGGAGAGGGAACUGGAGUUGCACUCCCCCACUCAGAUUGACAUCAGCAAAAACCUCAGUUUUAUGGCCAGAUUCACAGAACUACAGUGGAAGAUGCUGACAUUGAGGAGUGAAGAAACUGAGCACAAGUACAGCUCCUCACCCCUGGAAUGGCUCAUGUUGGAGACAAAUGUGGCCUACUGGCUACAUCCUAGGACCAGUGCUCAGAUCCACCUACUUGGAAAUGCUUUGACCUGGUCUUCAGCCAACAUUGCCACUUUGGCCUGUGUGCUUCUGUUUUUCUGGUAUCUGCUCAGACGGAGAAGAAAUGUUUGUGACAUCCCUGAAGAUUCCUGGUCAAGCUGGGUAUUAGCUGGGACUGUGUGUUGUGGAGGUUGGGCUGUGAACUACCUCCCCUUCUUUAUGAUGGAGAAGACAUUAUUCCUUUACCACUACCUGCCUGCUCUAACCUUCCAGAUCAUCCUGCUCCCAAUUGUGCUGCAGCAUGUGAGCGAGCACCUCUGCAGAUCCCAGCUCCAGAAAAACAUGUUCAACUCCUUAAUUAUAGUAUGGUUUUCCUCUGUGUAUCUGGUUUAUCACACUUUCAGCCCAAUAACCUAUGGGGAUCAAUCUCUUUCAACAAAUGAACUCAAGGCCCUUCGUUGGAAGUCUAGCUGGGAUAUCCUGAUCAGAAAACAUUAAUGGAAAAAGAAGAACAAACUAGUAGAAAUCUGAGAUAGUGGGCUUGGAUAAAGUAGAAGAGAUCUUAUUUUGUUUCUUUCACACACUUGUUUAUUAACAAGCAAAGCUAUUUUGAGAUUGAAAGAGUGUCUGUUCUCCAGGAACUGAUAGGUACCUGGCCUUUAACCAUAGGAAGAAGUAACUGAAAACUUCACAUCUUGCUUAAUUUGUUUCAUUUCACCAUUGAGAAGGCCAUUUAAAAGAUAACUACAUUUUGAGCAAAGACAAGUCUUUUCCUGGAAACUAGAGAGCAGACUGUUUCCACUGACUCAUGUGGCCCUUAACUGAACAAAACUCCCUUUCAUUUAACUGAUUAAUGUAGUCGUACCCUGUAGCCCAAUGGAGAUGAAAUUAUGUAGGCCAAAAGAACUUGAGAGUCCACAAUGGCACUACAGUCCAACUUUUUAACUAGAAGAAGUUGCUGUGAAUCCUAAGAACUGUUACCCUCAGUUUCUCCUAUGGCUAGAUUCACACUGCCAUGCAUACUUCCAAAAGCUACUGUACCAGACAAACAGCUGAGUAUUCUUCUUUGGUGGGACCUUCUAGAAGUCAUUCUUGAAUGAUUUGAUUCCAUUUUCCCAGACUGUAUGAUGGGAAGGUAAGUGACUUUGGUCAUAAGUCUCUUAUGAGGCUUCAAUUCAGUUCUCUGACUACAAGAUAAAAAAGCCUACAGCAGCCUUGUACUGUCUUAUGGUAUAUUUUUUAAAAAUCCUUAUUAUGAGUUAGUGCUCUGAGGUGGCUUUCUGUUAAGUGAACACCAUCUCUGACUGAAAGGUAUUAGUGUCAUCUCUGUAAUUCUGCUUUCUGAAAUCUGAUUUAUGUUUACACACACAAAAAAAUUUUUUAAGAGACAAAUGAACACUAAUAUUUGGAAUUUGUUUAUUAGUCCCGAAACAGUACAUUUAGCAUAACAAAGAUUUUAGGUAAUUACAGUUUAGAAAACCAAAGGACCUGAACAAAGUUCCUUGCCUUCUGUAUCUCAUAAUAACUAUAAUGACUUAUGCCAGAUAGAAGAGAAUCAUAAGUGGCUAUACAUAAGGAGAUUGAUUAUAAACAGCUCUAUAUAUAUCUUUUAUAUAUAUAUAUAAAAUGUACAUAUAUAUGUUAUAUAGAGGGUACGGAACACUAGUUAGGAGGAAAGGUUAAAUAGAACCAUAUAGACCAAAACAUUCUCAUACGUAAUUCAGUGCUAGGCCAUAUAUGAUAAGUGGUACAGCAACUUGGAGGGUUGAUUUGUGCAAUAACAUUAAUUUUGAACCCCUAGAAUCUACCAUGUAACUUAGCUCUAAGGAAAGCAUGCAUUGGACAUGGCAAUGAGUAAUAACGUGAACUGUUUGGCGGUAGGCAGCAUGUGUCCUAGAUCCCAGGACAGGUAAGCCUUGACUUGGCAAUUUCUAGGUAUAGAAGAACAGAGUCAACAGCCUCAAGUGGAGCUGUUUGUUUGGGUAUUGUAUAACUGUAUUCAAGUCAGAACCACACAAACAUCAGAACCAUUUGAUUGACUUCUAUUGUGGCAAAUCUUGAUUCUGUCAGGUAUAUGUGAACCUUUUAGGUCAUUUGUAUAUACAUCCAAAACAGGAGACUCCUUUAGGUCUAAUAGUAGUUUUUUAUAUUUUUCCUUUUUAAAGUGCUUAUCAGCAUUCCCAACUCUGCUUGUUGCCCUAUAUAUAACCCAAGAGGAUAGAAGAUAUUUCUACACAGUUCCUAUUAAGGUCGUAGUAGCCACAGAGCAAGGACCCAGACCCCCAAUUUAUUAUUCAAAUGUGUUGCUAGAAUUAUUUCUGGGAGCAAGUAUAGUAGGUUCACUCAUGCAGGUGUUGGGCAUUUUUCAGAUGGCCCAAAAGGAUUUCAGAAGCCUCCUGAAUACGUGGAAGAUAAAAACAAUCAAGAAGGUCCUUUCAGUAUUUCCCACAUUUAAGAUUGAAUAAGAUUAACAUUUUUUAUAUUCCUAAAUUGUUAAAUAAUUUUAUCGUAGAAUUAUUUUGUAACAAAUGCUAAAAGAUUAAUUUUUAAAGGCUUGGGGCAUGGAAUUUUUGUUUUAAAAAAAUAAAAGGAAAAAGGUAACUCCAGACCCAUUCAUUAUACAGAUGUCAUCAAGGAAGAUCUGCCCUAGAAGCUAAGUAACAGCCUCCAGCUCCUCAGUGGGGUCUGCUUCUAGAUUCCAGGUGGGAUCGUUUACCAGAUGUCAGCACAACAGUAGGGUCUCCAGGCUCAGAAAAUGUCCUCUUGUAGCUCCUCCCAUUUGGAACUCCCCGCUGCCAUUUGCAGAUGUCACCAUUCAAAAUGUCUUGAAUAUGUUGUACAAUGAGGUUGAUAGCAACUGCAAAAGAUAAUGGAGCAGUUGUGGUCCUGAUUCGCCAGAGAUGGCAAUCAAUCAAUCAAUGACACUUAUUAAGUCUACUAUGUAUUAGUCACUGUGCUAAGUAUACAAAAAGAUGUAAAAGAAUUCUUGCCCUCAGGGAGUUUACAAUCUAAUGAGAAUCUAACUGCAAACAAAUACACAGAAACAAAUAGGAAAUUAUUACUGGAGGGAAGGCACUAGAAUUAAGAGAGAUUGAGAAAGUCUUCCUAUAAAAGAUGAGAUUUUAAUUGGGACUUGGGAGGAAGUCAGGGAGGUCUGCUGGUAGAGAUGAAGAGGGAAAAAAUUCCAGGCAUGGGGGACAGCCAGAGAAGAAUUCCUGGAGCUAAGAGAUGGAGUGUCUUGUUUAAGUAACAAGCAGGAGGCUAAUGUCAUUGAAUCAAAGAGUGUGUUUUGGGGAGUAAAAAGCAAGAAGACUGUAAAGGGAGGGAAAUAGGUUAGGAAGGGCUUUGAAUGCCAAACAUAGCAUUUUGUAUUUGCUUCUAGAGGCAAUAGGGAAGCCACUUGAGUUUGCUGAAUGGAUAGAGGGUGAUAGGGGUGACUGAAUCAGAUCUGUGCUUUUAGAAAGUAACUGGUGGCUGAAUGGAGGAUGAAUUGGAGUGAUGAUGCAGGAAGACCCACCAGCAGGUUAUCAGGGAGAACUAGGAGUCGGUGAUAUCCUGAAAACUUAGAAUAUCAAGGAGGAGAGUGAUCAGCAGUCUCAAAGGUUGCAGAAAGGUCAAGGAGAAUGAGGACUGAGAAAAGGUCAUUGGAUUGGGUAGCUAAGAAAUCAUUGGUAACUUUUGAAGAGAGUAGUUUCAGUGGAAUGGUACGGUUGGAAUCCAGGUGGUAGGGGUUAAGAAGAGUGAAAAUGACACCUAUUUAGAUGGCCUUUUCUAAAAACUGAGCUGCAAAGGAUAGAAGAAACAUAGGAUGAUAACAGGGAUCAAGUGAAGAUUUUUUUCAGGAUGGGGGAGACAUGAGAAUGUAGAAAGUAGGAAAUAGGCCAACAGAAAAUAAGUGGAAGAGUGGGGAUGACAGGACAAUCUGUUGGAGAAGACAGGAUGGAAUGGAAUCAAUUGAACCAGCAAAGGGGUUAGCCUUGAUAAGAAGAAAGGACACUUUAGAUGGAUGGAAGAGACAGUGGCAGAAGGCAUAUGAGUAACAAGAGGAAGUUGGGAGAAGAGGUGAAUGGUCUCAAUUUUUUUCCCUGUAAAACAUGAGGCAUGGGGAGUGGGGACAUCAUGAGAAAUUUGAGAAGGGAUGAAAAAGUUUGGAAGAACCACUAGGGAGAGUGGGAUUUAUAAGGAGUUCAUAAGGCAGUAACUGAAGGACUGCCUAUCAGCAGUGAGGGCCCAUUCACUGUUGUGUAACAUAAUCAGAAUAGUUGUAUUAUUUUCUCCACCUUUGUUCAGCAGUCCGUGUGUAGGAGAGAAUACAACAAAUGAUGGAAGUCAUUCAAGGUUGAGGUGUGGCUAAACAUAAUAAGGAUAUAAGAGGGCUGGGAAUUCAACAGAGGAGGAUAGUGCAGAACUGAAUUGGUUCUGGAUGGAAAAAAAAAAGGAGAGAGUGCCUAGUGCAGGGGGUGAUGGCCUCAAAAUUGAGGGGUCAAGGGAUUGGAGAUCCUGGUACAGACCAAGAAUAGAAGUAGAAACUGUAAAGGAAGAGAGAAGGAGUGGUGAAAAGCCAAUAAAUUAUGAUUAGAUAAGGGGAUUUUGGAGUUCCUGAACACAGAGUUGGUACAUGUGUGGGUGAUGGAAACCACAAGAGUAUGACAUAUUUGUGUGUGAUUAAGGUGAGGUAGAAGAGUGGCUCAAGGGAAGUGAGCAGUUGGGGUAUCUGAAGGGGAAUCAGUAUGUAUGCUGAAGUCCCCUGGAAUGAGACAAGAGUUUGAGAAGAGAGAAUAAUAGUGAGCCACAUACAGAACUCAUUAAGAAAUGAAGGGGAGCGACCUGGAGUCUGUAAAUAGCUACCAGGAUUUUGAUUGGGUAAUAGGAAUAGCAUGAAACUCAAAGGAAGAAAGGUUACCAAGUGAUGGAAGUAGGAGAACCAAGAAGUGGCAGGGGGGAGCAAAAAUCAGCCUAACUCCCUUAGCAAAUGAGCUGAGGAAAUUAAUGGUGUUAUUAACUUACUGAACUUAAUCCUCACCACUCUUUGGAAACUGAUGCCUGUUUCAAUUUUAUAAUCCGUAAUUACUCAUUGAAACCUAGCUCUUGGCACUCAUAGGCAAUGGACAAACCCCAGCAGGUAAAAACAAACUGAAUCAAUAAAUGAGCUUUGUAAAAUCUACCCACCUGGCACUUUAAUCAUGGCUUUAUGUUAAUAUCUGAAGAUAAUUGGUUAAAAUUCUUUAGUAGUAAUUUCUUUCCAAUUCUUUAAGUUUUAAAUAAAUUUUUAAAGAAGAUACAAAACUGGCAAGUGGAAGUGCAUGUAAAUGAGUGCUUUAGGGGCCCUUGCAUUUGGGGGGAUUUGCAUCAAAUUACAAUUAAAAGGUAAGGCCCAAAUGUAGCUUUUAGGUAGAAAUUGCAGCCACUCUGAGGAAUAAGUGAGGUCAGACAUUUCUUACCCAUGUUGUCAACCCCUCGAGGGAUGAUCACAUCAGCAUACUUCUUAGUCUGCAAGACAAAAUAACAGUUCUCUUAAGCAGCUUUUUCUACAAUGAUUAUAGUUUUCAAUGGAAUUUAUCCUACUUUGAGCUUGAAAUAUUGGGUGGGGGCCCUCAGUAUUUGUCUCAAGAAUGGACAGGGUGAUUCAUAUGAGUUGCCCAUCACUGUACCAUACAGAAUGAGGCAAAUUGAACAGGUGUAGGAAGCCAAAAGAAAUUACUUUAUCCCAUGACUUUCUACAAUUUUCAUGUUUCUUAUGAAGAAUAACCUGUAUGGCCCAUCUCUCUGUACUACAGAGCCAGCUUCAGGCAAAGGUGAGCCAAGUAAGAUAGGAAGUCUCCAGAUUCAUCUCCUAGCAAUCCAUGACUUUCUUCCACUCUGAUCCACUAGCUGUCUCUGACCCUACAAGGAGCUGGGAAGCAAAUGUGGAUAAAUUCUCAAGUGGAACAGGAAAGAAGUGAGCCUUGCUACAGGAUAGUCUCAUAGCAUCAUGAGCAACUAAUGACGUGGGAAAUAUCACAUGACAGCUCUGCUCAGACAACCUGACCAUUCUGGCCAACUAAACCCUUAAUGUUAAUUAACUGACUUAUUGUGUCUGUUUAUGUGAUUAAACUGCCAAGUUAUUGAUGCCAAAUAAAUUUCUGGAAAUAGAAUCUAA